GUAGUUUCCUUAUAUUUCGGUUUCUGGGUUCAAGUUUGUUUAUUAUUUUUUUUUGGAUUUUGAAUUUUGAAUUUCCUGAGAAGGUUUAGUAUCUGGUCAAUAAUGGUAAGUCAUUAACUUCUAGAUUAGAUUUUCUCCCAGUUUUUUUUUUAAAGUAAAAAGAGAAACCCAAGAAAAUUAUAAUAAACGUUUUUGUUGUUUUGGGAUUUUUUUUCCUAUUUUUUCUGUUACUUUUUAAGUGUUUUUUUUAUUUUUAUUUUUAUUUUUUUUUACCGUUAGAAGAAGGAGAAGCGCAAGGAACUUGUGAGUGAAGUUUUUCUUUUUAUCUUUCUUUUCCUCCUCGCUCUGUUUGGUUGCCGAGAAAAUUUGAGCAAGUUUAAUUUUUCACAGUACCCUUUUGUCUGAUAUUGCAAUUCUUUUCUUUCUUUCUUUGACCAAAAUUGUACUGGAUAUUCAAACUACUCGUUACUAUGUUCAGUGAGCUUCGUAUUUCUUCAGAACUCGCUAUAAAAGACUGGAACAGAAGCCACUGUUUUUCAUGAGCUACAGAUAACAGUUUGAUAUUCACAGAUGAAGAAGCUAUUCUUUUUCAGAUCUUCUUCCUCCAACAUUGGAAACAACAGCAAUGGUUCUCUGCCAUCAACUGAUAAACAAGUUUACUGUGAUAUCCCAUUGGAGAACGGGUUGAACAAUCAAGGUGGUGAUAAGGCUGACAAAAGCUUCCAGAGUCCCAAGGGUUUGAAGUCCCGAAAGCAAGUUCAUGAUAACCUUACUAGUUCCUGCACCAGUUCAUAUCUUAGGAGGAGCCGCUCAAUGUCAUCAGCUGCCUUUCUUCUUGAUGGACUGGAGCAAAAAGAUUUUCCUUACAUGGAUGAUCAUAGUAGAUCUCCUUCUAGUAGCAUCAGCAGUGCUGCUCAUCAGCAAUGUGAUCAUCAAUCUCGGAGAAGGGCUCUUACUCCUGAGGGGCAAGCCAAAGCAAAGCGGUUUGAAUCGACAUCCAUUCAAAAUGCAUAUGGAAAAGAGAGGCCUGAUUCUUCUGGUUCGACUAAAUCUCAUCAUGAUUCAUCAGGAAAUUCUACUUCUAGCAAUACCUCAAGCAAAGUUUUGGACCGCUACAUUGAUGGAGAACAUCAGCGAGAGAGAAGUAAGCCCAAAAACAGUUCUCUCCAGAGAAAUAUUGUUGGGAAUGGAAAUGCUGGUGGAAAGCUUCCACCACGAUUUCAAUAUACAGCUCCUACGUCACCAACAGAUGGUGUCAAAGAUAAACACAGGUCCAAGUCAUUCAGGGAUGCUAAAGGUACCCACCUUCAUUUUUCUUCCAGAGAUUGGGUGGAGAAUGGAUUUGGUCAUGAAUCUCCACAAAGACUUGCAAAAGAUGUCAUUGAGAGACUGUCCCAAACACAUUCUUUUCAUAAAUCAAAUUUUAAGGAGGUUAACCAUGAUAUCCCAAUCACAAUUGAAGAUAUCUAUUCCAGAUCCAUGAAUAAAUGUAUUGAUUCAAGUAUAGAUGUUCCUUCCCAAAAAAGUUACUCACCACCAGAAGAACCUUAUGAGACCAUUAAUAGUUACAGUGGAGAAGAUUUCUUAGGCUCUCAGAAUCAAAAUUGUUUACUUGGGAACAAUUAUGGGAUUAUGAACUCUGUUCGAACUGAGGAUGCUGUAGAUGUGGAAUUGCAGCGAAGAUCUAAAGAAGCUGAGCAGAGGGUAUUGCUUCUCUCAGAGGAACUUGACCAGGAAUGCUUUCUUCUAUAUGGUGGGUUUGAUAUACCAUCCUUGAUUCAGAAUAUUAGGAACCUAACGGAGGAUAGGCUAAGCUUGGCUAUUGAGGUUUCAAAUAUCCUAAACUCCAGAAUUUCUGAGAGAGAUGCCUCGAAGGAAGAACAUAGAUUGGCAAAGGCAGAAUUGGAGUCGCAGACUCGAAGACUAGAGAAGGAGAAGGGUGAAUUGCAGUCUGCAUUGGAAAAAGAGUUGGACAGAAGGUCGAGUGAAUGGUCAUUGAAGCUUGAGAAAUACCAAUUAGAAGAGCAUAGGCUACGUGAGCGUGUUAGAGAGCUUGCGGAGCAGAAUGUCUCCCUUCAGAAGGAAGUCUCUUCUUUUACUGAGAGGGAAGCAGAAAGCAGAAGUGUGAUUACAUAUUCAGAGCAACAGCUUAGACACCUGACCUCAAGGUUGGAAGAGGCAAGCAAGGAGAAUCAUGAUCUAAGAGAAAAUUUUUCUGAAUUACAAGAUAAGUACAAGGUGGCAGAAGAAGAUCUUAAUUGCAUCAAGCGAAAUUUUGAAGAGAAGGACAAGGAGUGUAAAGAGUUGCAAAAGUCUACAGCAAGAUUGUUAAGGACUUGCAAAGAACAAGAAAAGACAGUUGAGGGAUUGCGUGAAGCGUAUAGCGUGGAAAUUGAGAAGCAACAAUCAUUGGAGGAGUAUGACAAGCGUGUAAUGAAAUUGCAAAGGGAGCAAAUGAGGCUGACAGGCGUAGAAUUGGCUCUGAGAAGGGAUGCAGAAUCUCAUAGGAUUGAAAUUGAUUCUCUUCGACAUGAGAAUAUUGGCCUCUUGAAUCGCUUAAAGUGCAAUGGGGAAGAAAUUGGUGCUCUAACUCACAAACUAGAUAAAGAAAUGUGGACCCGCAUAUGCUGCCUACAAAAUCAAGGGCUAUCAACGCUAAAGGAGAGCACACAGCUGUGCUCCAGUUUAUUGGAAUUCAUCAAAGGAAAAGCAGGCCAAAUUCCAGAAUCUAAGCAGGAUAUAGAACUUAUAAAAAAUGGUUUAGAUGCACAGUUUGUUGUUGAAGCUGAUGUAAGGGUUCAAGGCUUUAAGCGUGGUGCUGAGAACUUGAGGAGGAGUUUGGAGACGAUAUCUUCUGUGCUGCAGGAGAAGUCCAGUUCAUUUGCAUCAAAAUUUGAGUUGCCAUGCACUAAUGCUGAUGGUUCAGUGAAACUAAUUCAUCAAACUUCAGAGGAAACCUUAAAAGUCGAGCUCAAAGCAGAAAGCUUGCUUACAAAUCUGUUAAGAGAGAAACUAUAUACUAAAGAGAUGGAGGUUGAGCAGUUGCAGGCUGAAUUGGCAGCAGCAGUGAGAGGUACUGAAAUCCUCAAAUGUGAAGUCCAGAAUGCAAUGGACAACCUUUCCUGUGUUAGCCAUGAGUUGAAAAACUUUGAACUUCAGAUGCAGAAGAAGGAUGAUAAUAUAAGCCGGCUUCAAAAUGACCUCCAAGAAUCUAUGAAGGAGCUAACAAUAAUAAGGGGUAUUCUACCCAAAGUUUCUGAGGAGAGAAAUAUGAUGUGGGAGGAAGUGAAGCAAUACAAUGAGAAAAAUAUGCUUUUGAAUUCAGAGAUUAGCAUCUUGAAGAAGAAGAUAGAGGCCCUUGAUGAAGACAUACUUCUCAAGGAAGGUCAAAUAACAAUCCUAAAAGACUCCAUAGGCACCAAACCUUUUGACCUCCUUGCCAGUCCUGAUUAUGCGCAAGAAUUUUUGCUAAAAUGAUUUUCUAGCGUGCUGGCCUUUUCAGUAGGAUGUGUAAACAUUGUUUAUAGUCCUAUACUUUGAAUUUCUUUCUUUCUUUUUUCCAUCUUUUUAUAGCUUCUAUAGGCAGAAUUUGUGAACAUUCUCUCUCUUUCUAUAGUGGGGUCUUUGUGGUAAAGAUGGUAUAAAAGCCUUAAUACCAUGAUUCUUUUGUAAAAUGCUGGCUUUCAUGAUUGUAUGUAGUUGAUUUUCUUGUUAUCUAAUUAAAAGCUAUAAAUAGAGAAAACUUUGCUAUCUUUUCA